GCGGGGAGCUGGGUGAGGUCCCAGCCUAUGACGUGGGCGCGUAAACACGGGAAAGGGCGAACACGGACAUCGGUGUGUGUGGUCGAUCGAUCCGGAUCAGUCCGGUGGUCUGACAGUGAUCUGGGGUCUACUGAAAACAUCAAAGGGGAUCAGCUGGGCUUCAUUUUGCAGCGUGUGGUUGGGCGGAGGAAGGAUGCGUUGCCUGGUAACAGAGAACGGAGUGAGGAUGAAAGCAGGCCAACCGUCGCUCUGAGUGAACGUCUUCCGCCGUAACGGUCCACAUUUUCUUCUUUUAACAGUUCGGUUUAAAUCUAUUGUAUCGAACCAGCAGCUUUUUAACUGAUCAGCGGAUAAAGGAUGUGUGCCUGUAGUCUGCGUUGAGGGUGAAGCUGCCGUCAUGCCGUGUACAUGUGCAGAGUGGAGGAGGUGGAUCCGCCCGCUGGUUCUGGUGCUUUAUGCCCUCCUGCUGGUCGCUGUGCUGCCGCUCUGCAUCUGGGAGCUGCAGAAGGACAAAGUCGGCACUCACAGUAAAGCCUGGUUCAUCGCUGGCAUCUUUGUGUUUCUGACCAUCCCGAUCUCGCUGUGGGGGAUCCUGCAGCACAUGGUGCACUACACACAGCCUGAGCUGCAGAAGCCCAUCAUCAGGAUACUGUGGAUGGUGCCGAUCUACAGUUUGGACAGUUGGCUGGCCCUGCGAUAUCCCAACCUGGCCAUCUACGUGGACACGUGCAGGGAGUGCUACGAGGCCUACGUCAUUUACAACUUCCUGGUUUUCCUGCUGAACUUCCUGAGUAACCAGUACCCCAGCCUGGUGCUCAUGCUGGAGGUCCAGCAGCAGCAGCCACAUCUGCCCCCGCUGUGCUGCUGCCCACCAUGGCCCAUGGGAGAGGUGCUGCUGUUCAGGUGUAAGCUGGGAGUCCUGCAGUACACUGUGGUCAGACCAGUUACCACAGUGAUAGCGCUCAUCUGUCAGCUCUGUGGGGUUUAUGAUGAAGCAAACUUCAGCUUCAGAAACGCCUGGUCCUACCUGGUCAUAAUCAACAACAUAUCACAGCUGUUUGCCAUGUAUUGUCUGGUGUUGCUCUAUCGAGCUCUCAGGGAGGAGCUGAUGCCCAUCAGGCCUGUGGGGAAGUUCCUCUGUGUCAAACUGGUCGUGUUCGUCUCCUUCUGGCAGGCGGUUUUAAUAGCACUGCUGGUGAAGGUUGGUGUGAUCUCUGACAAACACACCUGGGACUGGGACAGCGUGGAGGCCGUGGCUACUGGUCUGCAGGACUUCAUCAUCUGCAUAGAGAUGUUUCUGGCUGCCAUCGCUCACCACUAUACCUUCACCUACAAGCCCUAUGUACAGGAAGCAGAGGAGGGGUCGUGUUUUGACAGCUUUUUGGCCAUGUGGGAUUUCUCUGAUAUCAGAGCUGAUGUCAGUGAGCAGGUCCGCCAUGUUGGUCGGACGUUCCUGGGUCGUCCCAACAAGAUGUAUUUCGGUGCUGCGGCUCGACCCGAGCACACUGAGCACACCGGCCUCCUCGCAGCCACCUCGCAGGACCCCAUCGCCGUGGCAGCCACGUCGAUGCCCACCUCCCCUUCGUCAAGUGGGCGCUAUCAGGGGCUCGGCCACACCACGGCACCCCACUCUAUCUCCGCUCCUGCUGGGUUCACGUCCUCGUCUUGGGAUGAAGACAGCGAAGGUUCUCCUCCACAGGCGGGUGGAGCCCAAUAACAACAGGGACGUACAGCAAAGAGGAGAGAAAGAGACUCUCAGUUUCUGUAUUCAAAUCUAAAACAAACUAUAAACUUCUGAACUUUCU